AUGCGGUUCACUGUAAAGAGCCUCUUGGGGCUCGACCUGGCGAGCUGGGUGGCACUCGUUUCCCUGUAUAAUCUUCUUUCGGCGACUGUCGAGUUGUGGUCAGAGUCCCGCCGUUCGUGUCAAACUACGGGGGUAGAUACGUUGGCUACCUUUAACUUGACGUCUUCCGCCUUCACAGUGUUUGCGGGAACGUUGGGGAUUCUUUCUACAAUUUUCUAUUCUCCUGCCUUUGUUAUUUUCGUCCUCGUCGCGGUCUCGAUCACGACUUGUAUGGAUAUCGCAGAAAUCGUCACAAAUGCAACGUCGGUACACCCGAGCACAGUGCAGUUCGUGAUGACUGCCCUUCAUCUCUCAGUGACGGUGGUAGCACUCAUUAUUCUCUUCUCUUACUAUCGAGUCUUGAAGGCUGGUGGUACUGGACGAGAAUAUCGAGUCCUUCGAAAACGUGAUCGAACAACACAUGCACCGCCUUCACCUUCGUCAUACGCAGCAGAAACGGCUGCUGAGGAAAGCCCGCUGCAGCAACCCGGCUCAAGCUAUGGAACGACUCUCGGAGCCGGGGUCGGGCUGGGUCCAUAG